AGUGGCUGUGCUGCAACUACGUUCAUAUAUGGAAAGUUUGCAAAUUCAUCCCUAGUUUCCAUCUUUAUAUAAACUGAAAGAGAAGUAAAAAAAAGAGAGAGUUCAUUCGUUAGGGUUUGUAUUGUAACACAAUGAGUGGGUACAGUUUCUUUCAGAGAGCCUCCAGAGCUUUCAAUGACUACCCUCAUCUCCCUAAAGUUCUUGUUCUUUUCACUGUUAGUGGUGGAGGACUAGGUGCAGUAUGUCAUACUGCAUAUGCUGAUGCAGGUCAAAAUGAUGCUAAGAAGAAGAAAGUAGUAGUGCUUGGAACAGGCUGGGCCGGAACAAGUUUCCUUAAGAAUUUGAAAGACCCUUCGUAUUCUGUUCAGGUCGUGUCUCCUCGCAACUAUUUUGCCUUCACUCCUCUGUUACCUAGUGUCACCUGUGGCACAGUUGAAGCAAGAAGCAUUGUAGAACCAAUUCGCAAUAUUGUCAAAAAGAAAAAGUUUGAUGCUGAUUUCAAGGAAGCUGAAUGUUACAAGAUUGACACAGUAAACAAGAAAGUUCACUGUAAAACAACCCAACAAAGUCAUUUCGGAGGUGGCACAGAAGAGUUUACCGUAGAUUAUGACUAUCUGGUGAUCGCUAUGGGAGCUCGAGCAAAUACUUUCAACACCCCUGGUGUUGUAGAGAAUGCACACUUUCUGAAGGAAGUAGAAGAUGCUCAAAGAAUUCGUAGGAAUGUGAUAGAUUGUUUUGAGAGGGCAAGCAUUCCCAGCAUAAGUGAAGAGGAGAGAAGGAGAAUUCUUCACUUUGUGGUUGUUGGAGGUGGUCCAGCGGGCGUGGAGUUUGCUGCUGAGCUUCAUGAUUUUGUGAAAGAGGAUCUCGCCAAGUUGUAUCCUUCCCUUAAACAGUACGCGAGGAUAACACUCCUUGAGGCUGGGGAUCAUAUACUUAACAUGUUUGACAAAAGAAUUACAGCUUUUGCUGAGGAAAAAUUUGCGAGAGAUGGUAUUCAGCUGAAAACUGGGUCAAUGGUGGUGAAAGUAAGUGAUCGCGAAAUAUCAACCAAAGAGAGAAGCACUGGCCAAACUGUUACUAUACCAUAUGGAAUGUGUGUCUGGUCUACUGGUAUUGGAACUCGCCCUGUCAUUAUGGAUUUCAUGAAGCAAAUUGGUCAGACAAAUAGGAGAGUCUUAGCAACGGAUGAAUGGCUCCGAGUUGAAGGGUGCAGUGAUAUUUAUGCUCUAGGUGAUUGUGCCACAAUAAACCAACGCAAAGUCAUGGAAGAUAUUGGAAUCAUAUUUAGCAAGGCAGACAAGGAUAAUUCUGGAACCCUGAGAGCAGAAGAUUUUAAAGAAGUGAUCCAUGACAUAUGUGAGAGGUAUCCUCAAGUGGAUCUUUAUCUGAAGAAAAGGCAGCUGAACAACUUUAAUGCUUUACUAAAGAGUUCAGAAGAAGAUGCUGAAAUUAACAUUGAAAAGUUCAAGUCACUACUUGCUGAAGUAGACUCCCAGAUGAAAAAUCUUCCUGCUACAGCACAGGUUGCUGCUCAACAAGGUAGUUACCUUGCUAACUGUUUCAAUCGCAUGGAAAUAUGUGAAGCUAAUCCAGAAGGACCACUAAGAUUCCGAGGAACGGGCCGCCAUCGCUUCCAUCCUUUUAGGUAUAGGCAUUUGGGGCAGUUUGCACCAUUGGGUGGGGAACAGACUGCAGCUCAACUCCCUGGAGACUGGGUUUCAAUAGGUCACAGUACCCAGUGGCUCUGGUAUUCAGUAUAUGCUAGCAAGCUAGUCAGCUGGCGUACAAGGGUGCUAGUGGUAUCUGAUUGGAUAAGGCGUUUCACAUUUGGGAGGGACUCUAGCAGAAUCUGAAACAGCAUCAAGACUUUUCGACUUUACCACAACUUUAAUUUGUUGUUCUUUACUUACUGUAAUUGAGCACUUCUACUAGCAUAAUUGAGAAAUUUUGUUUGGAUUAUAUUUCCUGAAACAAUUUCCUGGUUCCAAGUAAUAUUCAUCAAUAUUCUUUAGCUUUUUACUA